AUUUCUGAAAAAUCUUCUGAAUGACUAGACUGCUCCUGAAAUAAUAUAGCAGAUAUGGUCUCAAAGCAUCAACUUUCAAAGAUUUGAAAAAUUUUCCAAGAUUCAAAGUUUUGAUGAUGGAGUCAAGACCUCUCAGCCGCCUCGCAAUCGUUGGCGCCUGUAAAUGCAGCGGCUGAGGAAGCGCAGCUGGCAGCGCCUCUGGCAGCGUCUCUCGAGGACGUUCCACCUGAAGAUGCCACAGUGGCAGUGAUGAUUGGGGGAGCCAAUGGCGAGGGGCCAAUGCCUUACGGACCCCUUGCAUUUCAAAGGCAUGGCGAUGUUCCGCGGCUUCCCGAUGUGCCGACGACGGGACGGAUUGCGGUUGACAUCAUGGCGGGUAAAUUGCCUGAGACUGCCAAAAAUGCAAGGAGGGCUCGCUUGAAUGACCCAGCAAACGCGAGGAACGAAGAUGUAGAGCAAAUGCGGACACAAAUCUGCAUGUACAAGGCCCGCUUGCUCGCAGGUGCGAACCUAGGUGCAUUGAGGAAUAGUGACGGCUGGAAUCGUUGCUACCAUGCAGCGGUCUUGGCCUGGGACGAUUACGUGCAAGCACACUACGGAAGUUACUUUUAUCUUUGCGGUGGUGAACUAGAGGGUGCCGCCGAGGCCGCGCUCGGUUUUCCGGUACUUAUCAGUCAGCAUUUAAUGCCGGAUGCGGGAGAUGGGUUCCACCGUUGGCUCGUUCGUGGAUUGGCGUUUCAACGACAUCUUUGGCCCACUGCGCACGGCUGACGAAGCCCCGGUCGUUAGGCCCGUGUUGAACCUUGUCGAUGUGAGCGGACACUUCAAGGUCAUGAUCCCUGUAAAAACGGGGGCAAUGGGAUCAUAAAUGAAUGUAUCUUGGUGAGAACUUAAACUACGAUACAGAUCGCUGAGGGAUGCGCCAGAGAUGUGAUGUUUGUUUGCGGUCGGAAUAUUUUGCCCCGAUGGGCGUUUUACCUCGUUCUUCACUAUUUGUUUUUGGCGUUUUGAAAACACGAUAGUGGAAAGAAUUGCAUCCUGUGUAGGUAUUUAUUUUUGGGGUUUUGAAAACACGAUAGUGGAAAGAAAUGCAUUCUGAGUAAGUAUUUUUUAGUUUUGGCGCUUUGGAAGGACGCAUUUAGCAGACAGGUUCCGUGAUAUUGUACACGGAUACCUUUAUGAUUUUAUACCAGUGAAGUCAGAGCCACAAUGAGAGCAACAAGGAAUUAAAUCAUAUAAAUGAACAAAACCACUGAACCUACGUCGGAAGUCGUAUGAAGUAAUAGAGAUGUUUGCAAGAGAAGAAGCCGCGCGCUUAUCUUCAAAGACUGUGCCGUGAAGACAAGACUGACUAAAGAAGAAGAUCGAUAUAGGUAGCAGAAUUUUUUUCAUUAUUUGUCUUGAAACAAAACUAAAAGUGCUCCGAAGUUCUCUCUUGAUAAUGAAGGACAGACUAACGAAACGGACGAGACACGGCAAGUAAAGGC